AUGUCCUCACCUUCUGUUCGUGAGAAGACGGAGUACGAUGUCCACGACAUCACGCUGGGCAACGGCUCCAGCGACAACGAGAGCCAGGACAAGCCUUACAUCGACCUCACUGUGGAGGAGACUCCAGAGGAGCUCCAGAAGAGAGAACACUGGUGGUACAAGACCAAGGUGUUCAUCUGGGACUCCUUUGAUAAACAUCCAAAGGAGCGUAAGUUCCUCCUCAAGCUGGACUGGUUCUUGAUGAGCUCCGCAUGUCUGGGCUACUUCAUGAAGACCUUGAACCAGAGUAACGUUGGUACGGCCUACGUCAACGGUAUGAAGGAGCACUACAACAUGGAAGGUAACGAUUACAACACCAUGGUGACGCUGUGGACCGUGGGCUAUAUCAUUGGACAGAUCCCUUCCAACCUGAUCUUGCACAGGAUCUCAGCCAGGGUGUACCUUGCCGGGCUGGAGCUGAUCUGGGCCAUUCUGACUGUUCUUCUUAUUGCGCCAAAGUCUCUGAAGGGGAUGUACGCGUUGCGUUUCCUCAUUGGGCUCACGGAGUCGGGUUACUUCCCUGGCUUGGAGUACCUGAUUGGCUCGUGGUACUCGAAGAAGGAGCUCAGCAAGCGUGCCACCUUGUUUGGAUGUUCUGGUACAGCUGCUGGUUUGGUUUCCGGUCCUCUUCAACAAAGAAUUCUACAGAGUUCGUGGGCUCAUCGCCAUUUGCAGCCGUUCCAGUGGAUGUUCGUCAUUGAUGCUGCCAUCACCAUCCCGGUGUGUGUGUACACGUUCUUUGUCGACCCUAACACGCCAUCCACCACCACCGCGUUCUACUUCACAGAAGAGGACAAGCUCAUCGCACUGGAAAGACGUCGUCGUAUCGGUGCGCAGUUGAACACACGUGAGAAGUACACCUGGAAGCUGAUCAAGACUUUCUUCAACACAUGGCACAUCUAUGUGUUCCCGGUUUUGUUCUUGACGUUUAACAAUGCCUACCAGCCAAUGACGUCGCAAGCCUUCCAGCUGUGGAUGAAGAGAACGCUGCUGUUGGACUCAUACUACUAUAACUACUACCCAACAAUCAUCUCUGGUGUGGGUAUUGCCUUCGCAGUGAUUGCAGCCUAUCUCAACGAUUGGUCAAAGUCCAAGCUAACACCGUACUUCCUGUACAUCAUGUACUUCUUUAUCGUGUUCUCGUGUGCCAUUUUGACAGCGUGGAACGUUCCUCGUGGACUCCACUGGUUUGCAUACUUUGCCCUUGGUAUCCCAUUGUCAUGGGGCCAGCCUAUGAUCUUCAGUUGGUUGAAUGGUAUGCUUGCUCACAACGAUAUGAAGAGAAACUUUGUUGUUGUCUGUACAAACACUCUGGCAUAUGUCACCGGUGCCUGGGUUCCAAUGUUGACCUUCAACCAGAAUGAUGCACCUGAAUUCGCAAAAGGUUUCCCAUAUACCCUGUUCUUAGGUGCCUUUGGGUUCGUGCUCACGGGACUGGUUCAAUUUCUUGCCAGACGUGAUAGAAAGCGUGAAGAGUCUGCUGUGGUUGUUGCCUCAGACGAGGAGUCUUUGGGCAAAGAACUACAACAGUUAUAG